AUGACCUUGAUAGAAUAGAAAAAUUAACAAGUUUUAGAAUUACUUAGAAACUUCGUUCUAGAUUAUUCAAAUAUUGAAUUGUUUUAAAGUUUAAUAUUAGAAGAUGGUAAUCCUGAGACAACGUUUGUUCUUUAUUCAAUUAUAUAAAAAUGCCUGAUAAAUGGAGAUCAUUUUACGAAUUUUCCACAUCAAAAUGUGAGCACUGAAUAUUUUAUAAUCAAUAUGACCAUCGAUUAAAUAUUACAGAAAUUUGUACUAAACAUAUUGAGAUUGCAUUCAUUUAUUUACAAUAAUCACAUAAUCAACCAAAUUACGUUUACAAUUAAGUAAUUUUUACAAUUGCACUAUUAAUAAGAAAAAAUUGGAUUGAUAUUUUAAAAAUUGAAGAUAUUAUAAGUUAAAUUACAAAUAGAACUUUAUAAAAAAAUAAAAUAGUAUUUUUUAUAAUAUUUGAAACGUAAUUCUAUUAUAAUAAUCUUUUAGACUAUCUUUAUAGAGAAUAUUAUAAGCAAUACAUUUAUAAAUUUAAUAAUUAUAAGGAGAACCAUUAAUUAAAUUAUAUGGAUAAAAUAAAAUAAUGGUUGAAUCUUUUAUUAAUUUAUUAUAUUAAUUAAUGAACUUGAAUUUUAAUUUAAGUUAUUAUGAAAUUGAUGUGAUAAUGAUGCAAAGGAUUUAUCAUAAUUAACUAAUGUAUAUAAUUAAUAUAUAAUUUUCAGUUUCCAGAUUAUUAUUUAGAUUUAAUAAUAGAUCCAAUAUUUUUAAAAGAACUCUUUCAAGAUUCUAUUGGAUUUAUAAAUAUUGAUUAAAAUUUAUCUUUAUAUUGUAUAUGUAUGCUUUAAAGGAUUGCUUGUGUAAGAUUAUCAAUAUUUCACAAUAAGAAAUGUAAAGGAGGAUUUAGAAGAAUAAUGUGGGAAGGGUUACUAUAUUUAUAUUAAAAUUAAGAUUAAUUUAUAAAUUAUGUAGAAUUUUUAUCUGAAAUACAUUCUUUAGCAAUAAGAAUUAUUAAUAAUUUAACAUUGAGAGAAGUAGUAAAAUUUCAAUAUUUAUUAGAUAAAUUUUUUAAUUGAUUUCUUAAAUCUAUUAAAAAACAGUAUAAUUAUUUGGAGUAAAAAUAAUAUCAAAUAGUCCAAUAGUAAAAUUACAAGAACUUUGGAAUUAAAUUGGGUAUUAGGGUUCAUUACAUUUGCUUUAGCAUGAUUCUUAAAAUGUAUUAAUAAAAAAGGCCAUGCAAAAUCAAUUGAUUAUUGUUUUGAAAACAAUUUUUUAAUAAAAUUAAUCCACAGACAUUCCAUAAGAAUGUAGUGUGAAAAAAUUUAAAAAAUUAUUGGAUUUAACAUUUAUCCCAUUUCAUUGUUUAUUUAAAUUAAAUAUCUAAGAAAAUAUUGGUAUUAUUUUAUAAAUGAUUGAAUAAUUAAGAGGAGAUAAUGAAUGUAUAAUAAUAAAAUUAAUAAUAUAUUAGAUUAAAGUGCAGCUGUCAUUAGUUUAACUAUUGUAUUUUUAUUACAUACUUCAAAUACUGAGAUCUUAAAUUUAGGAUUUGAUUGUUAUAAUUUUGGAUAAAAAGAAGACUAAAACCUAAUCUUGAUGGAUAAGCAUAUAUCUUAAAAUUUAUAGUGGAACUUAUAAUGA